AAUUCGCGAUAUCCUCCAACAUUUACUUUAGAACAAAGAAGAUUCAUAUGUUUUUUAUUAUUAUGCAAGUUGUUUAUGGUACGGAAUAUUGAAAGAGUAAUUCUUAUGGUUUUGUUUAUGAUUUUAUGUUACUAAUGAAAGUAACUUUAGCUAAAACUAGUUUGCUCGCGAUUUUGUCUGCAUAUUUUUAUAUUAGACCAGACAUAAAAAUGGUGCAGGUAAAUUGCAUGUUAUAAUUUACGAUUGUUUUAAUAUAGUUACGUUAGAAUUAGAAUUAACGGAUUGAUUACAUAUUACGGAUUUCAUUGUCUAGUAAAUUUUAAAAUGGAUAAACAAAAGAGAGCACGAAGCGAAAAUUGGUUGGAAGACGACAAGAAUUUAUUGUUGGAAUUGAUCCGCGAUCGUGUCGCCGUACUAGAGAAUAAGAAUACGGAUACGAAUACCAACAACUGUAAAAAGAAAGGAUGGCUGGAAGUUAUGGAUAGUUUUAAUGCAAUGUGCAAAGGUAGCAGACGCACAUUGCAACAAAUAAAAACUCAGUGGGGAGUCAUCAAAAUAAGUAAAAAGAAAAAUUUAGCAGACCAGAGGCGAUCUCUGAAUAAAACUGGUGGAGGACCACCUACUGUGACUGUUCCAGUGGACAGUACAGACAUAUUGGCAUGGUUACCGCAGGAGUUUUACGUGGACACCAAUCUAUAUGAUUCUGACGCUAAAACAGGAAUUCCAGAUGAUCAUAUAAAUGAAAUAGAUGUACCUGUAAGCGCUAUUCCAGACAAACCUAGAGAACCAAAACUGAAUGAAAAAGCACCGGAGAUGCCAGAAAUUAUUUUGGAUCUUGAUGAAAUUAUUGAAAAUUCUCAAAGUGGCAGCACCAAAGAAUAUAUUUCAAAUGAAGGAAAGAAAUGUAAUAAAAAAAGAAAGCUCACAAAUACAAACAAUUAUAUACAAAAAAUAGCUGAUACAGAGAUCAAGAACAAAAAUGAAUUACAUAAUAUACAAAUGGAUAAUGAAAGAAAGAAAGCAAGAAAUUUAGACUUGGAGUAUGAAAUUCUACAACAAAAAUUGAUAUUUUAUAGAAAGAAAAACAAUCCAAGCCCAUAAUUUAUUGAAAAAUAUAAUGUAUUGCUACUUAUCAAAACACAGCUUAAACAACAAGGAUUAGAAACAUGUCUGUAUAACUAUAUUCAAUGGAUGACUGUGACUGCAUCAUAUAUCAGAAGAUAUAAAUAACAACAAUAUAUAAACUACAUUAAAACUUUGUCCUUUACACAUAAUCUGGAUAAAUAGUUUGAAAGUUACAUAUUCAUAGCAGACCUGUGAGGCUUCAAAAAUAAUUAAUUCUGGAAGAUUUUUACAAAAAUACAUUUUCAUAUGAAGUCACAGGCAACCGCAAGUUGUAAUAAUUGUGUAACAGUGCAAAUUAUGAAUGCACUGAAGUUGAUAAUCAUUUCAUAGUAAACAAAUUAGUGUUUGUACAAAAACU